AUGUUGACCAAGUUUUACCAACACAUCCUUGCUUUGGUGUUUGCUGUGAGGGAGAUCAAUGAGAACCCCAAGAUCUUGCCCAAUGUCACUCUUGGGUCCCACAUCUAUGACAGCUACUAUGAUGUGAGAAUGACUUAUCGUACCACUAUGGAUCUACUCUUCAAAUCACAGAGAUUUGUCCCCAACUACAAAUGUGACACCCAGAAAAACCUCAUAGCUGUUAUUGGGGGACUUGGCGCUGAGACUUCCUUUAGCAUGGCGGACAUCUUAGGCAUUUACAAGAUUCCACAGCUCCAUCCGUUUCUUCAAGGCAUUUCUUUUAACAACUCAGCUGGAGAAAGUUUGACUUUUAAUAAUGGGGAAUUGGAUAGUACAUUUGAAAUAAGGAACCUGAUCACAUUCCCAAACAAGUCUUUUCUCAGUGUCAGAGUUGGAAGAGUGGAUCCCAAUGCUGGCAAAGGAAAAGAAUUCACUAUCAAUGAGGACAUGAUUGUAUGGCAAGCAAGUUUUAACCAGACGGUGCCCCUAUCUUUGUGCAAUGAUUACUGCUCUCUUGGUUAUCAGAAGAAAAAGAAGGAAGGGGAGAGCUUUUGCUGUUACGAUUGUGCUCCAUGCCCAGAAGGGAAGAUUUCAAACCAGAAAGAUAUGGAAGAGUGCAUCAAAUGCCCAGAAGAUCAAUAUUCAUCUAAGGGACAGGAUGAAUGCAACUCCAAAGUUAUAACCUUCCUAUCUUUUGAAGAACCUUUAGGGAUCAGUUUGUCUUCCACAGCUAUUUCUUUUUCCUUGAUCACAGUUUUGGUGCUAGGAACUUUCAUUAAACACCGAGAUACUCCCAUAGUCAAAGCCAACAACCGGGAUAUCAGCUAUAUUCUCCUAAUCUCCCUUCUUUUCUGCUUCCUGUGUUCUUUGCUAUUCCUUGGAAAACCAAAGAAGGUAACCUGUUUCAUCCGCCAAGCUGCUUUUGGCAUCAUCUUCACAGUGGCAGUUUCUUGUGUGUUGGCUAAAACUACCACUGUAGUUGUAGCAUUCAUAGCCACCAAACCUGGGUCCAGGAUGAGGAAAUGGGUGGGGAAAAGAAUGACCACCUCCAUUGUCCUUUUCUGUUCUCUUCUUCAAACAGCCAUUUGUACAGCCUGGCUAGGAACCUCUCCUCCCUUCCCAGAUUUAGACAUGCAGUCAUUUAAGGAAGAGAUAGUUGCGGAAUGUAAUGAAGGCUCUAUCACCAUGUUUUAUAUUGUCUUAGGUUACAUGGGUUUUCUGUCCACGAUCAGCCUGGUUGUGGCAUUCCUAGCUAGGAAGCUACCAGAUACUUUCAAUGAAGCCAAGUUCAUCACCUUCAGCAUGCUGAUCUUUUGCAGCGUUUGGGUGUCUUUUAUUCCAGCCUAUCUCAGCAGCAAAGGGAAAUCCAUGGUAGCCGUGGAAAUCUUCUCUAUCUUGGCCGCCAGUGCUGGGUUGCUGGUUUGUAUUUUUUUCCCAAAAUACUACCUUAUUGUAUUGAGGCCAGAACUGAACACAAAAGAGGAAAUAACCAGGAGAAAGAAUUAA